AGAAGAGAACUUUCAGGUUAUAUCAUAUUCAGUUUCAAAUGUUUCAAUUCAAAAUCAAAAUUUCAAAAUGAUAUAAAAGUUAGGAUUCAUUAAUGUUUUUAUUAAAAAUUAUAAUUAUCAAUUUUUGUUGUGUUGUUCUUUCGUAUUGUACAACAUAUCACGAUGGAUCCUCUUCUAGUUAGAAUUUUUGAUGUUGAUUUUUACAUGAGUGCUCCUGUUCCAAACUGGGAUGUAACAUUUUCACAAUUUAGGGGCUCGGCAACACACCAAGUUCCUGUUAUUAGAGUAUUCGGGUCUACAGAAGUUGGGAAGAAAAUUUGUGUACAUAUUCAUGGGAUAUUUCCUUAUUUUUAUAUACCAUAUGAUGGAACUGAAGAACCGAAUGGUUUGAUGUAUAAAAUAGCUUCUAACUUAGAUAAGGCCAUAAAUAUUAGCCUCGGACAAGCAUCUUCAAAUAAUCAUCACAUAUAUAAAAUCGUCUUAGUUUCUGGAAUACCUUUUUAUGGAUAUCAUUCGAAGAAACAUCAAUUCUUCAAAGUGUACCUAUACAAUCCUAUGCUCAUUAAAAGAGUGAAUAAUCUCCUUUUUAAUGAAUCGGUUUUGGGAAAAAUAUACCAACCACAUGAAACGCAUUUAAAUUUUACGCUUCAGUUCAUGAUCGAUUAUAACCUUCACGGUAUGAGCAAUAUUGUGUUAUCCCAAGUUAAAUUCAGACAUACUGAUGGAGUAAGGGAAAAUGAGGAAUUUGUUGAAGAAAACUUGUCUAAAGUUAGCUCUUGCGAGUUAGAGUGUGAUACUAUGGGAGAAUAUAUAUUAAAUAGGAAAGAAGUAGAGUCAGGCAAUUUAGCAGCCAAUCCAGGUAUUGCAGCACUAUGGGAGGAUGAACGACAAAGACGUAGAAACAAAAAUGAGGAUUCGCAACUGCCCCACUAUCUUUCAUUGUCCAACACAAACGUAGACCCCACCGAGUCACACGAAUUGUUCAAAAGAGCCCUGCAAGAGAGACUUGCAAUCCUUUCGCAAGAUCCAGAUAAAAACGAUUUCAAUCUGAGCAUAUACCCCGCUGAAUGCCCCAACGACAAACCCUUAUUAAACUGUUCCAAUGUAGAUUUUCAUUCACCUUUAAACACCCAAUCCGAUGUAUCUUUCGAUGCGGAGUUGGAUCAAACAAUAUCCAAUGAUACAUUGAACAUAACAGUGGAUCAAGACGUGCAGAAUUUGUUGGAUGUGCUGAAGGAUCUGGAGAAAAACGUUGUUGUCGAAGAGGACAGCAUAUUGUCUCAAGUUUCCAAGAACGAAAAUGAGGAUGUUGACGAAGAUCACGAUAUGACAAUUACUAUAGGAUCUUCAGAAGACUUGUUGAACGAAUCUAUUAAACUUUCGCAGAUUCACCACGACGAUGAGACGGUUCAAGAAAAAGAGAUUAGUGAAGAAAGCGAGCAAAGUACGAGAGAAUUUCCAACUAUUCCUCAAUUGGAUGGAAAUUGUUCCGAUGGUGAGACACAGAUUUCUGUUGAUCCCAUUUCGCAUGUUCGGGAGUCUAAUGAUUUGGUCUUCAAAUUGGAGUUGGGCAAAAUCACUUCUUUGAAUGAGAAAAUGAUCUUGCACAUGGAAAAUAACAACAAUUCACUUCCAUAUUCACCAAACUCCAUCGAAAACAUGAGAGAUUCAGAUAAAACUGUGCAAUCGAUUCAAAUGGAUAAAUCCAUAGUGUUCGAAGUAAAAAUAUCAAGUCAAAAAAAGUAUACGAAUCGUGCUUUGGAAUAUUUACCGCAGGGAUGCCAAUCGAAGCACAAAUAUCCCCACAUAGAAAAUUCGUUGAAUAAAAAACUGUUCAGUUCUAAAAUUGUGGAAGCUAAAAAGUCGAAUAAUCAAAUUAUACAAGGUAUCAUCGAUAAGGAACACGAUUAUUUCGCAUAUCCAUCUGUGGGAGAAAGAGUCGCCAGGAAAAAUGCGGUUAAGAGACAUAAAGAGAUGCUGAGGCAGCAAUUGAAAAAUCCUUGCGAGCUCGUGGUGAUAAGUGAAAAUUUACACUUGCCGCAAAUAGCUAGGAGAAAAAGGGACAUGCCUUCCUUGAAUUCUACCGGUGGUAACGAAUCUUCCUCUUCAUCCUCUGCAAUAACCAGGUGGAAAUCGAUUAAAAAAUCCGUUAACGCGGACAAAACUAAAAUCGAUAAAGUGAAGAAAACGAUACAGAGGCAAAGAUUCUCGGAUAGAAAGGAAGAGUUACACAAGAACCACAAUAAGAGGAAACUGCUGGUGCAGAAAUUCUGCAGGGAUUAUGCCAAAUGUUGGGAAGACCUUAACAAAGGCGCAAAACCGAUUUUCAAAAUAAUCCCUGGGUACAGACCUUAUACUUUCAAACCCAUGGAAAUUAAAAAAUUAGUGCGCAUAGAGACAUUAACACGUUCAACUAGUCGUAUUCAAGUCAGUAGAACUGUGAUUUCGAAAGAAUUGAUCCCUUCUGACGUACAUAUGAGGGAAGAAAAUAACAAUGGAUGCGACGUCAACCAAAACGAACUCGCAAGCACAAAUUCGAUGUCGCUCGAACAAAAUUCAAAAAACAGCGAGAUAAAAAAGAAGAUAAACACAAGAACCAAGGCAACAAAGAAGAUACCAACGAAAAGAAACGCGGAGAAACAAGUACAAACCGCAGAUUCAAGGAAAGAAGAGGUACUCGACGUAUCUACGAAUUUCAAUGAUCCCCCACCUGAAAAACCGACAGUUAAGAAGAGCAUAGAGGAUAUAUUCAGGGCGCAGAAGCAGAACGAAGCGCUGUUCUUCCACUCCGUCCAUUCGGUGAUGGAUAGAUUCACCAUCAGCGAGAAUAAACUUCUGGAAUCCAGCACGGUGGACGCCCGUUGUAACUUGAAGAGUAUACAGUUCCUAGAUGGCGCUUUCGACGACUCGGACGAAGAGGAAAGGGACAAGCCUCGAAGUAGUCGCAGCAGUAAGAAAACAAGGUCGACCUACUCCUCCCUGCCAAUCUUCACGUCCGCCUCAGGGCGGUCCACCAGCAAUACCGGGCACACCGAUUCGAAAAAGAAAAACAAGGCUGAGCUCAGGAAAGAUCCCGAAAUCACCGAGAACAUGAAAAAAAUCAAACGAAGGAUAAAUUUCGAUUCUAGCUCUCCCACUGAAACCGAAGCUGAGGACGCGCAAAAUACCGAAAAAGAACAAAGUCAGAACGACGAUACGAAGAAAACAGAGGCAAAGACUGAAACAGAUGAACCGUGUACCGAAAGUGUCGAAGGUAGGCAAGCCGAACAGGUCAACGAGGACGAUCCUUCUCUCGAACAACCGAUUGAGGAGCAGGCCGCGGCGAUCCUCGACGAAGGACCAAACGAGGAACCACCCCUCAGACUUUCGGCUUCGGAACUGUACGACCUGGCCCGCAAUUACUUCCCUCAGCCGGGUUGUUCCACGUUCGCAGACCCUGUCGUCGACGUCCAGCCCGAUCUGGGGAACAUAGAGGAUCCGUACGCCUACCAAGACGACGAUCUGGACGACGACAUGUGGCUGAGCACGCCCGAGUACGACAAUCCGGACGAAAUCUCACCUUUGGAUCCGACGCCGGCGGAUACGGAGGCGAAAGAACGCGAAACUCCGAAGGUUACCAACGGUUUGGUCUAUUACAAGCCCCUGUACAAACCGCCCAAUAGGUUAGAGGUUAUUUUGAGCCUACGCGAUUACGGCAUACCUUCGAUGCGACAUUUAGAACCCUUUUAUAGUAACGUGGAGGACGCCAGCGGUUCCAUGGAGGUCGGUUUAAACGUCCUCAAGGUCAAGACUCUGACCACCAGGGAUGUACCGGAGUUUGAGUCUAGUUUUCAAGGUUUAGACCACUACAGGAGGAAAUACUACCCGUUAGACCUGAGACUUGGGAAGAGGGAACACCAGAGGAUCUUUUAUUGCCCUGAGGGAGAUUGCACUAUAAGGCCCUUAUUUAAACCCCCCACCAGGAGAGAAGUCGAGGAAUGGCUCGAAAAAAACUCGGUACCGACCGAACCAGUCGAAGAGUCCAAAACGAGGAAGAGCAAGAUCUAUUUCGCGUCCAGUCAAGACGGAGAUUGUUCAGACGACGAUUUAUCGAUGGAUCUGACGCUCACUUUGACGCCCACAACGCCACAGACCGAUACAGUGAAGACUCCCGAAUCGAACAUCGACAACAUGGCGCUCCUCAAAGAGAUAAGCUUGGGUGAGGACGAGGUCACGGAAAAUAGGGAGAGUCUGGCAACCUCCGACGUAACCUUGACCCCUAAAUCGAGCAGAUCCAGAGAGUCCAGGGGUAGCAGUCCGGUCCUGGCCAAGUCCAGACGUAAGAGGAGGCUGGGGAAGUCUACGACCCUCAGAAAAUCCGCCCUUUUAUCCCAGAGCUCCGAGCAUUCGGGAGUCAUAUCCGGCGCCAGUCCCAACAACACUUACGGCUUCCAGUGCUCCGUCCAGAACUACCAGAACGCCAGAGCCUCGGUGAAAUACGAAUACCUCACGAUCUUAUCCAUGGAACUCCACGUGAACACCCGGGAGGAUCUCAAACCUAACCCCCAGUACGACCCGAUCCAAGCCAUCUUUUACUGCAUCUCCAACGACGUCGAGGAAAACACUGUAAAACCCAGAAAAUGCGAAGGGUUGUUCGCGGUUAACCCAAGAACCGACGAUGAAAAAUCUAAGCGUAUCCUAGACGGAACCGGGAUAUCUUACGACGUCGAAUACGUGGAGGACGAGCUGAAACUGUUCGAGGAAUUCACCAAAUUCGUCAUCCGUUGGGACCCUGACAUCUUGUUAGGUUACGAGAUCCAGAUGCUGUCCUGGGGCUACCUGAUCGAACGCUGCUUCCACUUAGGCAUCAAUAUAAUCCCGGAAAUCUCGAGGGUCAAAGAUAAACAUCUGAAAUUCAACGAGAAAGAAACGGGGGAUCUCAAGGUCACCGGGAGAGUGGUCCUGGAUCUGUGGAGGUUAUUAAGACACGAGAUAGCCUUACAGAGCUACACCAUACAGAGCACGGUGUACGAGAUACUCCAGAGACGGAUACCCAAGUACUCCUUCAAGGAUUUGACGACGUGGUGGAGCCAUAGAAGCUCGUUGUUCAGACACAGAACCGUCGAUUACUACAUGACGUGCGUCAGUUGUCAGUUGAAGAUACUGGAGCAGCUGGAUUUCGUCGGGCGUACCAGCGAGUUGGCCAGACUGUUCGGCAUCCAGUUUUACGAAGUUUUAUCCAGGGGCUCGCAGUUCAGGGUGGAGUCCAUGAUGUUGAGACUGGCGAAACCGCUGAACUACGUCGCGGUUUCGCCCAGCGUCCAACAGAGGGCCAAUAUGAAGGCUCCGGAACACAUAGCUUUAGUCUUGGAGCCGGAAUCCAAACUUUACACCGACCCCGUUAUAGUACUGGACUUUCAGAGUCUAUACCCGUCCAUUAUCAUAGCUUACAACUACUGUUUCUCCACCUGCGCUGGUAGGGUGGAGUCGCUGGGGAAAAACACCCAGUUCGAGUUCGGAGCUUCUAACCUCAGAGUCUCGAAGGAAAGGAUCCAGCACCUACUGAAGCGUGACCUGUUGAAUUUUUCACCUUGCGGCGUUGCCUUCGUCAAGAAAAACGUUAGGGACGGUAUCAUGCCAAGGAUGUUGAGGGAGAUACUGGACACGCGACUGAUGGUUAAGAAGUCGAUGAAAGAGAACAAGGGCGACUCUGUGUUGCAGAAGGUCCUGCACAACCGACAGUUGGGCCUGAAGUUGAUAGCGAACGUGACUUACGGUUACACGGCGGCCAAUUUCAGCGGGCGUAUGCCUUCAGUGGAACUGGGCGAUAGUAUAGUGAGUAAAGCGAGGGAAACCCUUCAGAGAACCAUCGCGUUGGUCGAUCGGAACAAGGAGUGGGGUGUAAAGGUGGUAUACGGCGAUACGGACUCUCUGUUCGUGCUGUGUCCGGGUAAAUCCAGACCGGAAGCGUUCGCCAUCGGCGAGAAGAUCGUGGAAGCUGUGGGUAACGAGAAUCCGGACCCGGUAAAACUCAAGUUGGAGAAGGUGUACCAACCUUGCAUACUGCAGACCAAGAAGAGAUACGUCGGGUAUAUGUACGAAAGUCCGGAACAGAAAGUACCCACUUACGACGCUAAGGGUAUAGAGACGGUUAGGAGGGAUGGAUGCCCGGCUGUUUCCAAGAUGUUGGAAAAAUCGUUACGGAUCCUCUUCGAGACCAGGGACGUCAGUAAGGUGAAGGAGUAUUGUCUGAAACAGUUCCACAAGAUCGUUUCGGGCAGGACCAGCAUUAAGGACUUCACUUUCGCCAAGGAAUUCAGAGGUUUGACUGGGUAUCGACCGGGGGCUUGUGUGCCAUCGCUAGAAUUAGCUAAAAAAUGGGUGGCUGUGGAUAAAAGGGCCGAACCCAGGAGGGGCGAACGGGUACCUUACGUCAUAAUAAACGGCCCCCCAGGUCUUCCUCUAAUCCGAAUGGUGAGAAGUCCUCACGAAUUGCUGAAAGAUCCCUCGUUGAGACCGAACGCCCUGUACUACAUCACCAGGGUCAUCAUACCGCCGUUGAACAGGUGCUUCAACUUGAUCGGAGCCGAUCUUCACCACUGGUUCCUCCAGAUGCCGAGGAAACACCUGAAAAACCUACCCACAUCCACGUCGCCCGCCAAAAAAUCGACCAUCUCCCAAUAUUUCAUAUCGACUUUGUGCGCCAUCUGCGGGGUUCAGACCCAGAGCGGUCUGUGCGACGAUUGCUGUAAGAAACCGCAGGAAACCGUCACAAUUUUGAACGAAAGGGCCCGACAGUGGGAAGCGUCUUAUUAUAAUUGCAAAUUGAUUUGUUCUUCGUGCACCCAGAUUCUGGAAGAUACGAAGUGUAUAUCACUGGAUUGUCCGGUACUGUAUCGGUUGAAUCAGACCGGUCGUGACGUUCAACAAGCUGAUCAUAUCAGGCAUUUGCUCUCUCAAUAUUUCGAUAUACUUUGAGCCUUACUUUUUUACGUUUGGUUUGGAGUUUAAGAAGUUAAUCUAGUCCAGAUCGAAUAAAACCUCAUGUGCCUUUUGUUAAGUUUCGAGUAUUUCCAGAGGUCUAUCUAAAAAUUUUCGGUAUUUUUAACUACUUUUAUUAUUAUCAGUAUUUUACGAAUGAGAGCUAGAUGAAAAAUUUAUUAUCAGUGUUCUUCGUUAUUGUAUUUUUGUUUGUUUAGGAUUUUUUUACUUUAUAUACCAAGAAUCUACGAUUUAUUUUUGAAAUUUUCAGUUGCCACUUUAUCAAAUUUUAUUAUGAGUGUCUUUUUGAGAUUAGUGAUAUUAAGUCAACCAAUUUUAGAGUGUCCUUACGUCUGUGAUACUUAUAAUAAGGAGAGAUAUUUUGUUACUUAUAUAUUAUGCAAUAAUAAAUUAUUCUUUUGAUGAAA